UGUUCAAGUGUAGUAGAUACCCCACCUUCGUCUCAUCUAAACUAGCCUACGUAAUCUAAACACUCACGUCUGCCUCCCAUCCUAAUUGACCAUGAAGCUUAUUUCUGAGCUGUAUGCCACCUCACAAUAGAUGUGGUUUAAGCAGCAUUCUGUGCUUUUACUUACUUACAGUGGCUUGCAAAAGUAUUGACCCCCUUGGCAUUUUUCCUAUUUUUUAAUUUCCAACCUGGAAUUUAAAAAAGGGGGGGAUUGUUUCAUUUCAUUUACCCAGCAUGCCUUCCCCUUUGAAGAUGCAUAUUUUUGUGUGAAACAAAUAAAGACUGAGAACUUGAGCAUGCAUUCACCCCCCACCUUUUGCAGCAAUUACAGCUGCAGGUCUCUUGGGGUAUGUAUCUAUAAGCUUGGCACAUCUAGCCACUGGGAUUUUUGCCCAUUCUUCAAGGCAGAACUGCUCCAGCUCCUUCAAGUUGGAUGGGUUCCGCUGGUGUACAGCAAUCUUUAAGUCAUGCCACAAAUUCUCAAUUGGAUUGAGAUCUGGGCUUUGACUAAGCCAUUCCAAGACAUUUAAAUGUUCCCCUUAAACCACUCAAGUGUUUCUUUAACAGUAUGCUUCGGGUCAUCCCUCAAGAAUUUCCCUGUAUUUAGCACCAUCCAUUCCUUCAAUUCUGACCAGUUUCCCAGUCCCUGCCAAUGGAAAAACAUCCCCACAGCAUGAUGCUGCCACCACCAUGCUUCACUGCGGGGAUGAUAUUCUCGGGGUGAUGAGAGGUGUUGGGUUUGCGCCAGACAGUGCUUUCCUUGAUGGCCGAAAAGCUCAAUUUUAGUCUCAUCGAACUAGAGUACCUUCUUCCAUAUGUUUGGGGAGUCUCCCACAUGGCUUUUGGACACCAAACGUGUUUGCUUAUUUUUUUCUUUGAGCAAUGGCGUUUUUCUGUCCACUCUUCCGUAAAGCCCAGCUCUGUGGCGUAUACAGCUUAAAGUGGUCCUAUGGAUAGAUACUCCAAUCGCCGCGGUGGAGCUUUGCAGCUCCUUCAGGGUUAUCUUUGGUCUCUUUGUUGACUCUCUAAUGAAUGCCCUCCUUGCCUGGUCUGUGAAGUUUGGUGGGUGGCCCUCUCUUGGCAGGUUUUUAAUUAUGGAUUUAUUGGUCCCCCGUGGGAUGUUCAGUUUCAGAUAUUUUUCAUAACCCAACCCUGAUCUGUACUUCUCCACAACUUUGUCCUUGACCUGUUUGGAGAGCUCCUUGGUCUUCAUAUUGCCCCUUUCUUGGUGGUGCCCCUUGCUUAGUGGUAUUGCAGACUCGUCUUUCAGAAAAAGUGUGUGUGUGUAUAUAUACUGAGAUCAUGUGACACUUAGAUUGCACACUAUUUAACCAAUUAUCUAACUUCUGAAGGUAAUUGGUUGCACCAGAUCUUAUUUAGGGGCUUCAUAGCAAAGGGGGUGAAUACAUAUGCACGUACCACUUUUCAGUUGUACAUUUUUUUGAAACAAGUAAUUUUUUUCACUUCACCAAUUUGGGCUAUUUUGUAUGUGUACAUUAUGUGAAAUCCAAUUUAAAUUACUGGUUGUAAUGCAACAAAAUAGGAAAAGUGCCAAGGGGGGUGAAUACUUUUGCAAGGCACUUUAGGUAUAACAUGGUUUUAAUGUGAUAUACUGGGCCACGGAUGUUCAAAAUGCCUUGUUCCCUUGCUGCUGAAUCUAUUAAUGUUUCUAUGAAAAGCUUCUCAUCUACUGUGGGAAUCCUCUUGCCAAAUUCACUUCAGAAAGUGACAGCUGUUAGCUGUCAUGUUUUUUUAAUCAACUAUCUUCCCAUAGCUUGGCAGCUUAUUUGAAGGGGCCUUACAGAGAGGGAGUGCAGAUGCAGAGUUAGUCUUACGCCCUGCUAGGCUGCAGUGCAAGCCUAGUGGAAAUCCUUGGACCUUGACUUCCUCAAACUCCUGUUUUGGUUCUUUCAUCCCAAUACUGUACCAGGAGUAUAAACGUUCCAGUGUUGACCAAUAAAAAUCCCUGGAUGAAGACAUCAAACUUGUACAAGUUUAGUUGAUGUAGAAUGAGCUAUUGAGAGCACUUGUCAACGCAAGCAUAUGCCAUCAUUUCUUUUGUUCUCAUUAGUAUACAAGAAUACACACUUGGACUGGCUCGUUGAAAAGAGUGGCCUUUGUCCUCUGGAACCCCUAAGAAGAAUGAUUCCAUCAGAAUUCAAAGCAUGAAGCUGGCAUUCAGGUGGGUGAGAUUGAGAGUGACUGGAUGCGAGAAUUCUUUGGGACAGUCCAGAGUCACAAACCACGCUUCAUCGCCCUGCAUUUCCAGGAGGUUGGAGGAAAGGACUACAUGGUCAACAUGGGCCAUGCAGAGAACUUCUUUUGUAACAUUGAGUCCAAUGAGGAGAUGAGGGACUUUGACAGGGUCUGCACCUAUGUGGACAACCACUUCAAGAACGUGGACAGUUUCACUGCCUUGGGAAGCAUGUACUUCAUCCAUAAGUCAUUGAAAAACAUCUACCAAUAUGAUUUUAAUGUUAAGGAUUUCAAAGCAGUGUCUGGACAGAACAAGUAUGUAGGCUCCCUGGAUGAAGUAACCACAGUGGAGAAAGAAAAAUUCCUGAAGAAUUUCUGGCCCGAUUUCAAAUGGUCUAGGAAGGGCUUUAUGAGGACCCGGUGGAUCAUUCACAACCAGGGUCUGGAUCUAGUCAACGUACACCUCUUCCAUGAUGCCUCCAACCUCAUUGCCUGUAACGCCAGUCCCUCCAUUUACUCAGACAACCGCCAGAAGGCCCUGAGAUAUGUCAUCAACAGGAUAUCAGACAGCAGCUACACCCCACUCCCCUUCUUCCUGUUUGGGGAUUUCAACUUCCGCCUGGACACCCUUAGCCUGGUCCAGAACUUGUCCACUUCAGCAGUGGUGCAGACAGUGACGAAGGACAGCAGUAAUGAGGUGGAAAAAAUUAUCUGUGAGCAAAAGGACAAUGACCACAAGGUUCUUCUCCAUAUUGAGACCAAGAUGUUUGCCUACCUGCACCAGGCAGUGUUCACAGAGGACAACGGCAGAGCGAUUCUGAAGUAUGACAAGGAGAUCUCAGCCUUUCAAGAUGUCAUUACAGAGGAAGACAUUCUGUUUCCACCCAGUUACCCAUACUGUGAGGACUACACUAAACCUACCCAGUACAUGAACACUCGCUGCCCCUCCUGGUGUGACCGCAUUCUCAUGUCUCACACUGCCCAGGAUAUCAUUCACAGGAGAGAUGAGGGAGCGAGCAGUGUUGUCUACAACACAAUGGGCCCUAAUGUCUGCAUGGGAGACCACAAGCCUGUUUUCUUGUCCUUUGCACUGAAGACGAAUGGCCAUUGACAAGGAUCCCGCUCAAUGGUAAGCCAAUAUCUAUCCAACACAAGUCCCACUGGCCAUCACCAUCACACUCCCACUCCACUAUCUGUACCAGAGGAUAAACAGAACAGCUCCUAGCCAGUCACGGGAACCAGCCUCUCCCUGAUGUACAUGCAGUCAGUCAGUAUCCACCCAACCAGGUUUCUCAUGUUCUCUUCUCCUCUGACUCCAAGUUAUUGAUGGCUUGGGUGACAUCACCACAGAUUUGAUCAUCAGCAUUAUGGAUUUUUUUUGACGGACAAUUUGCUCUGUCCUGUGCUCGGCCAUAUAUCUUAAAUCGUCUGACCCCAAAAUACACAAAGAUGCAGGGUAUUUUCCGGAGUCCUACCUUCAGUGCUUGACCAUUGGAACCAGAGUAUGUGUGGCAGUUUGCUGGAAGGAAUAGGGCCAACGAAAAGACAAUGGGACUGCUGGUCUUGUCAUGGAGGGCACCGGUCUGUCCCAAUGGGAUUAAAGAGACAUGUGAGGACACACACACUGGCAUCUUGCCAAGUAAAUACCCUAACUUCAGCUGAUCAAACGGUUUUCAAGUGUCAAGGGUCUACGGUGAAGUAUUCCUUCUGACAUCCCUGACUGGAAUAUGCAUGCAUGCUUUUCAGUUGUAUUUUAGUAGUCUUUCAUUUUACCUAUUUAUUUUCUAACUUUUAACUGGUUACUAUCAAUAUAAGUAUGCUUAAAUCAAAUAUUCAGAAACACAAUAAGCAGAAGCUACUACAGUAUUUCAAUGCACCGUCAGCAUGUUUGGCCAGGUUGAGUCCCUCUUCAGAAUAGAGCAGUAGCAUAAUACACAUUUCUCUGUGCAUUCUCAUGUUGUGCUGUCUUUUGUUAAAAACAUACAUUUCACCAGUACAUACAGUGCCUUCAGAAAGUAUUCAUACCCCUUGACUUAUUUCACGUUGUUGUGUUAAAGCCUAAUUCCAAAAAUGGAUUCAAUUUUAAAAAAUCUCACCCAUCUACACACAAUACCCCAUAAUGUCAAAGUGAAACAUGCUUUUAUACAUUUUAGCAAAUGUAUUGAAAAUGAAACACAGAAACAUCUCAUUUAUGUAAGUAUUCAGACCCCUGAGUCACUACUUUGUAAAAGUCGAUUACAGCUGUGAAUCUUUUUGGGUAAGUCUCUAAGAGCUUUGCACACCUGGAUUGUACAAUAUUUGCCCGUUAUACCUCUUAAAAUUCUUCAAGCUCUGUCAAGUUGAUUGUUGAUCAUUACUAGACAGGCGCUAUUAAGUCUUGCCAUAGAUUGUCAAGCUGUUUUAAGUCAAAACUGUAACUAGGCCACUCAGGAACAUUCAAUGUAAUUUUGGUAAGCAACUCCAGUGUAGAUUUGGCCUUGUGUUUUAUAAAAAAUAAAUACCUUUUAACCCUUUUUUCUCCCCAAUUUCAUGGUAUCCAGUUGGUAGUUAGUCUUGUCUCAACGCUGCAACUCCCGUACGAGAGCCGUGCAUUCUCCGGAACACAACCCAGCUAUGGUGCUAGCAAAGACUUAUAGAUGACCUGGAGCCAGUGGGUUUUGCAACGAAUAUGUAGCGAGGGCCAGCCAACGAGAGCAUACAGGUCGCAGUGGUGGGUAGUAUAUGGGGCUUUGGUGACAAAACGGAUGGCACUGUGAUAGACUACAUCCAGUUUGCUGAGUAGAGUAUUGGAGGCUAUUUCGUAAAUGACAUCGCCGAAGUCAAGGAUCGGUAGGAUAGUCAGUUUUACGAGGGUAUGUUUGGCAGCGUGAGUGAAGGAUGCUUUGUUGUGAAAUAGGAAGCCGAUUCUAGAUUUAAUUUUGGAUUGGAGAUGCUUAAUGUGAGUCUGGAAGGAGAGUUUACAGUCUAACCAGACACCUAGGUAUUUGUAGUUAUCCACAUAUUCUAAGUCAGAACCGUCCAGAGUAGUGAUGCUGGUCGGGCGGGCGGGUGCGGGCAGCAAUCGGUUGAAGAGCAUGCAUUUAGUUUUACUAGCAUUUAAAAGCAGUUGGAGGCCACGGAAGGAGUGUUGUAUGGCAUUGAAGCUUGAUUGGAGGUUUUUUAACACAGUGCACAAAGAAGCGCCAUAAGUAUACAGAAUGGUGUCGUCUGCGUAGAGGUGGAUCAGAGAAUCACCAGCAGCAAGAGCGACAUCAGUGAUGUAUACAGAGAAAAGAGCCGGCCCGAGAAUUGAACCCUGUGGCACCACCAUAGAGACAAGAUUAGUAUUGUGGAGUGAGUAUAAUGUUGUUGAUCCAUCGUCAGUUUUCUCAUAUCACAACCAAAAUCACAAAAAUCCCUGAGUAGUUUCCUUUCUCUCCUCCAACUGAGUUAGGAAGGACACCUCUAUCUUUUUAGUGACUGGGUGUAUUAAUACAUCAUCAAAAGCGUAAUUAAUAACUUUGCCAUACUCAAAGGGAUAUUUGACAGCGUCUGCUUUUUAUUUUUUUAUUUAGGUUUGCCAUAACAAAGGGGUUGAAUACUUAUUUGACUAAAGGCAUUUGAACCUUACAUUUAUUAUUAAUUUCAUAAGAAUUAUUUUUUUUUAAUCCAUUUUGACAUUAUGGGGUAUUGUGUGUGCAUCAGUGACACAAAAUCUAAAUGUAACCUAUUUUUAAUACAGGCUCUGACAACAAAAUAUAGAAAAAGUAAAGGGGUGUGAAUACUUUCUGAAUGCACUGUACAUACUAUCCCAGCUCAUCCCUCGAACAGUCUACUUUUUAAAAAAUGCCACGCUGAGGUCUCUUUUCCUAACCUCCUUCCAUAACUAUGGUUGUAACUCAGCUUAAAUCAAUAAGAUCAUGUAAAAGACCAGUGGGACCAGAUUCAGGCUGGGAGCCCAUCAGGUCAGUAUGAAAAACGGAAAUGCCCUCCCUCCCCAUCGAACCUCUAACUUGGAUUCCCGCAGACUCUAAAAUAUAACAUCUAUAUGCUGCUGAAUACUGAUUGUCACUGGGCUUUGCCUGCCUGCUACUCCACUCUGCUGGGUGUGCUCUCUGGCGGGUUGUACAUUGACAUAUUAUGGGGUGGGCCCAUGUAAUGGACAAACUUAUUAUGGUUCAACUGUAAGGUUAGUCCCUACUCUACAGGACAUUAAGUCAGGACACCAUGAUAGCUGGCAGUUAUGUAGUCUGUUUUCAUUUCUGAUGCGUAUUGCCUGUGGUACGCAGCUACGUUGUUACCAUGAAGUGCUUUAUUCCACAAACUAUGGGCUAGUCCUUUAAAGUAGCUCAUCAAAGUUCCAAAUAUUUGUUCAUCUUUUUAGAGAAAUGAGGAGUGUGCUAAUAGAGAUGUAUCUUGUUCAGGGGAACUGGCUGAAUGUUAUUUUGUUUUUAAUGAUGCAUUCGCCUAAUUUUAACAUUCUGUCAUAAAGAGCACAUGGUCAACGUAAUAAAAAACACAAACAUCUCAAGAGGUUUAAUAAAACAAUUACUAUAGAAAGCGCCUAUUAAGUGCCAAAUAAAGUAACAGGGUUGACAAUUUAAUCUUACAGUGGCAAGAAAAAGUAUGUGAACCCUUUGGAAUUACCUGGAUUUCUAAAUAAAUUGGUCAUCAAAUUUGAUCUGAUCUUCAUCUAAGUCACAACAAUAGACAAACAGUGUGCUUAAACUAAUAGCACACAAAUUAAUGUAUUUUUCUUGCCUGUAUUGAAUACAUCAUUUAAACAUUCACAGUGUAGGUUGGGAAAAGUAUGUGAACUCCUAGGCUAAUGGAGUCAGCUAACCUGGAGUCCAAUCAAUGAGACGAGAUCGGAAAUGUUGGUUAGAGCUGCCUUUGCCCUCUAAAAAACACUCACAAAAUUUGAGUUUGCUUUUCUUCGCAAGAAUCAUUACCUGAUGUGAACCAUGCCUCGAACAAAAGAGAUCUCAGAAAACCUAAGAUUACAAGUUAUUAACUUGCAUAAAGCUGGAAAGGGUUUCAAAAGGAUCUCUAAAAGCCUUGAUGUUCAUCAGUCCACGGUAAGACAAAUUGUCUAUAAAUGGAGAAAGUUCAGCGCUGUUGCUACUCUCCUUAGGAGUGGCCAUCCUGCAGAGAUAACUGCAAGAGCACAGUGCAGAAUGAUUAAUGAGGUUAAGAAGAAUCUUAGUGUCAGCUAAAGACUUACAGAAAUCUUUGGAACAUGCUAACAUCUAUGUUGACAAGUCUACGAUACAUAAAACACUAAACAAGAAUGUUGUUCAUGGGAGGACACCAUGGAAGAAGCCACGGCUGUCCAAAAAAAACAUUGCUGUGCGUCUUAUGUUUCCAAAAGUGCACCUGGAUGUUCCACAGCGCUACUGGCUAAAUAUUCUGUGGACAGAUUAAACUACGGUUGAGUUGUUUGGAUGGAACAUACAAAACUAUGUGUGGAGGGUUCACAUACACUACACUGUGAAUGUUUACAUGGUGUGUUCAAUAAAGACAUGAAAACAUAUCAUUGUUUGUGUGUUAUUUGUUUAAGCAGACUGUGUUUGUCUAUUGUUGUGACCUAGAUGAAGAUCAGAUCAAAUUUUAUUACCAAUUUAUGCAGAAAUCCAGGUAUUUCCAGAAGGUUCACAUACUUUUUCUUGCCACUGUAAAUCAGCCGCAAAUCCCCUUGUGACGGGGAAUAUAAGCUUGUUGUGUUCAACAGUGAAAAUUGAAUGCAAGCUUCACCCAAAAAAUUUAAUAAAAAAAAUGUAGACUGUCGAUAUGUGGGGUAACAGGGUUGACGUGUUCUCGACCCGCUCAGUUCUCCACCACAAAACACCAGAAAACGGACAAAAAGAGUAGAACCAGCUCACCUGCUUUUACACUGUUUUGACAAUUAAUGUUCAUUUUUGUUUUGGAAAAAAUAUAUUUAAAAAGGAGUCGUUUAACCAUAUUAAAUGAAGAGUUCAGUUCACAUAACAGGGUUGGCCUUAAAAUGAGUAACAGACAUAAAUGAAUUACUAAUCACAUUAAAUAAAUUAUCUUCAGAAAUUACUGUCAAAGCAACAAAAUAGCUUGGGCUUUACAAUGAUGGUGAAAACUUGGAGAAGUGUUGGGGUAAGUGGGUUAAUCUUUCUAGAAGUCACAGAGGGUGCACAGAAAGACGUUUAGAGAGUCUUUACUCAUCUGAUUUUUUGAAAUAUCUGUGUGGUCUAUAUUUAAGGGCACUUCAUUGAAUAUAACUGGUUUUUAAAAUUAAAUAUUUGUGCAUCAUCUAUUCUUAAAAUAUCAAAUGGACGCAAAAGGCACUCAUUUCGUGGAAAGGCUCAUCUAUUGUUUUACUGUUUCAGUUACUGUGAUCAGUUUAACUUCUGCCAAAUCACUAUAACUUGUUUACCAUACAAUUAUUUUAAAUGAAUGUGUCUGGAAUGGAUGUCUGAUACCACAGCCACACACAAAAUCACAUGCAAGCACGCACAUGCACACCCAGGCACAUGCACACCCAGGCACAUGUUCACACAAACACACGCAAAGUUCACAACAUUUUAAGCUUGAAACCAACUAUAUUAUUUUGGUUGAAGUUAUUUUAUUGAUUUGAUCUAUUUUCCGUGUUCUAUGUUGAUUUGUGCUGCAGCAGAUCUUUGUUCAUUGUCCAUCCUCUGUAUUUUGUAUGAAAUGGAUGGCUGGUUUGCAUAAUUUUGUUUUAUUACAGACUAAUUCAAAGACUUUUAAUAUAUAAUCAUGGUUUUCAUAUUAUUUUAUAGUUGUAUAUGUUAUUCAGAAUGCACUUAAAUGAUCAAUGCAUAUUAAUGACUUAUUUAUUUUACUGUUAUACUCCCUAUAUUUUGAAGUAGAAAAUGCAUAAUUUGUAAUCAAUCUUCCUCUGUAGUAUGUGUUGACUGAUUUACACUCAAUCUGCUGUGAAGUAAUUGUAAACUGAUAAUACCAGGAUUCAUUAGUUCAAAUGUAUAGAUCCUUUUAAUCUGUACCCUCUCAAAUUUCCUUACGUUUGUUUACAAUUAAUGAUUGAUGUGUCUGCGUGGAAAGUGCAAGGCUCACCUGUCAAUAACAUAUUUGUAGUAGUUGAUUCAUGGUAUGGUCAACAUAUUCUAAUAAUGCCCUCCGGGGAAUGCUCUUGGUUUGGAGUUCAACAUGAGGCCAGUAGUAUUGUUAGAUGGAGUGGACUAAUGUUUGUCAUUUCUGGUCGAACACAAACAAACACUACAUUCUUGUAAUGCUUCCAGUUUUUUAAAUAAAUGUUGACCACUGCAAUUACA